CUCUCCCAAUGGUCAAUAUAUCUGCUAGGCCACCCCCUCUAGUCCCCAAACUCUCUCUAGAGAAUUGCUUCCCCGAGAGAGAGAGAGAGAGAGAGAGAUGGGCAACUACAAGUUCAGGCUAUCAGAUAUGAUGCCCAAUGCCUGGUUUUACAAGCUGAGAGACAUGGAGAGAGCAAGAAACCACCACCACCAUAAGAACACUCCCUCCAAACCCAAGAAGAAGCAACCACCCACCACCACCACCAAACACCACCACCACCACCACCACCACUCUCUUCCACGAAAGUCUUACCACUUCACAAGAGAUCUCCACGCAAAUCAGAACUUCCAAGACCACUCACAGCCCCAUUCUCACUUUCCUCAUGACCCACCAAGGAAUAUACCAUCCAAACAAGACCCAAAACCAGUCCAUUGUUCCAUUGCUCAUGCCAACUCAGUUCCUGAUGUCUCCACGGUGACGGUUCAGCCUAAGCCUCUCCCUACCCAAGAAUUCCGUCGGGACCGCCUUCUCGUCGCCGAGUCACCACCACUUGACAAGACGACUUCGUGUUCCUCCUCUUCUUCCUCCACCUGCAGCUAUGGAGUCAACUCUAUCUCCGGCGGUGAACCCAUAAUCCUAGUGGAUCAACAUUCUUUCGACAAGGAAACCAAGGGGCCGCACUCAACGCAGGACUCGUUUUUUCAGCGGCGGCUUCCUACCAUCGUGACCAAACUCAAGUUCAAGCACAGAAACAGUACAACGAAGCAAGAAGAGAGGAACAUCUCAGCGAAAGAACAGCACAAGAUUGGUUCAAGAAGACGAUCUUUCGCAAAUUAUUCUCGUUCUCCGGGAGUGAAGCUGAAGACCAAGUCCCCGAGACUACUAGCAAAGAUAAAGCUCGAGGGCCACGCACGGAAGAGCUCGCCAGCAGUAUCACUCAAUCCAACACGGAUCGGAAACAGCUUUGCUGUGGUGAAGUCGUCAUCGGACCCGGCGAGAGAUUUCAGAGAGUCGAUGGUGGAGAUGAUUGUGGAGAACAACAUCAAGGCUUCCAAGGACUUGGAAGAGCUUCUCACUUGCUAUCUCUCGCUGAAUUCAGAUGAGUAUCAUCAGGUCAUUGUCGAUGUGUUCAAGCAAAUUUGGUUCGAUCUGAGUGAUAUAUCCUGUUCGAAGGAACUGAUAAAUUAUUAAAUUUGGUUGGAUCAAACAUUUGACUUUUGAUAUAUGGCCUAUUACAAGAUUAUUACUAGAUUCUUUAA